AUGGACAGCGCGGAGAUGAAGAUGGUUAUCCUGGGGCAAGAACAAACAUUCAGACAACAGGUUCAUGAGAUGCACCGAGUUUACCAUGCUCAGAAACAGUUGACGAGGGAGAUGCAGAUAGCUGGGCUAACGAAACCUAAACUCGAGGUCUGGCGCGAGGACAAGGCCACCAACCGUCAGCAACUCUGUAGCUUCUCAAACAGCUGCAUCCCUGCCUCUGCUGCAGAAGAACGCAACCUUGCGCUCACUCUAGCAACCGGGAGCAGCAGAAGCCAUAGAGGCAAGCAAGUGUGCAAGUCCUCAAACUCAGACUCCGGGAUGGCGGUGUCGUCAAUAUCGACCGAAUCUGAUCUAGCUCAGUUCAAGGAGUUUGACACGAGGGCAGUGAGGUUUCGGACUGAGAGAAAAAGGUUGCACCAGCCUGUUCAUGAGAUGCACCGAGUUUACCAUGUUCAGAAACAAGUGAUGAGGGAGAUGCAGAUAGCUGGGCUGAACCAGGCUCACACUGAGAGGAAACAUAAACUCGAGGUCUCGCGCGACGGCAAGGCUACCGACCGUCAGCAACUCUACAACUGCACCCCUGCCUCUGCAACAAAAUGCAACCUUGAGCUCACCCUAGCAACCGAGAGCAGCAGAAGCCACAAGGGCAAGCAAGUGGGCAAGUCCUCAAACUCAGACCCCGGGAUGGCGGUGUCGUCAACAUCGACCGAACCUGAUCUGGCUCAGCUCAGGGAGUUUGACACGAGGGCAAUGAGGUUUCAGACUGAGAGCAAAAGUUGCACCAGCCUGUGA